AUGUUGUGCGAGAGUGAGAACAUUGCUGAAAGUGUAACAUGCAUGAUCACUGAUGAAGGAGAAAAUCGCGAAUCAGACUCACCAGGACCUUCGCUUAAGCGACCAUGUUUGAGUUCUCCAGGAGAUGCUCGCAAAAGGCCCCAUCUGGAUGCGGCUGCAUCAGAAGCUCCAUGUGAAGGUCUGUUCUCAAAUCCUAUCCAUCAGUGCUUGAAGUAUAAAAAGUGA